GUCCAGGCGGAUGGGACAGAUGGAAACUGCGUCACGUUUGUGCUGCACGAUGAGGACCACACGCUCGGCAACUCCCUGCGAUACAUGGUCAUGAAGAACCCUGAUGUGGAAUUCUGUGGCUACUGCAUCACACACCCCUCUGAAAGCAAGAUCAACUUCCGGAUCCAGACCAGAGGGACCCUGCCUGCUGUUGAGCCGUUCCGGAAAGGGCUGAACGACCUGAUGGGUGUUUGCCAACACGUGCUCAAUACCUUUGAGAGGAGCAUGAAGGAAUACAGGGCCCAGAGGGAGGAAGAGAUGCAGUAG